AUGUGGAAAAUGAAUCAAUACCUGCCCUUAUUCCUUAUUGCCUUUUGUUUGUUCUUCAUUUCACAAUCUCAAACCACUUCUAAUACUUCCUCUCAACAUCGUUGCCUCCCAGAGCAGAGCUCUACUUUGCUGCAACUGAGGAAAGAAUUUGAUGAUGAUUACUAUGGUGUUUCUAAUCCAAAGAUGAAGUCUUGGAAGGCAGAUAGUGAUUGUUGUUCUAGCUGGGAUGGGGUCACAUGCGAUGCACACAACGGCCACGUCAUUGGCUUAGACCUCAGCAACAGCUGGCUUUCUGGGCCUCUCAACUCUAACAGCACCCUCUUCAAACUGCGUCACCUUCAGAAACUCAGCCUUGCCCUCAACGACUUCUCUUCCUCCACCACAAUCCCAUCUGAGUUUGGUCAUCUUGCAUGGUUGACCCAUCUUAAUCUCUCUCGUUCCUUCUUACAUGGCCAAAUCCCGUCGGAAAUUUCAUGGCUCUCCAAUUUGUUUUCACUUGAUCUCUCUUUCAAUUAUUAUGAAACAUAUUUGAAGCUCGGAAGAGAUGAUCUGGAAGCACUUGUCCACAACAUGACAUAUUUGAGAGAACUUCAUCUGGAUGAAGUGAACAUCUCAUUGUCACUACCUCAAUCCCUCGCAAAUUUGUCUUCCCUGACUUCUCUUUCUCUGUCUGUCUGUAAUUUGCUUGGCGAAUUUCCCUUAGAUAUUUUCCUACUUCCCAAGAUACAAGCCAUUGAUGUGUCAGGUAACAACAAUCUCACUGGUUUUCUUCCCAAUUUUCGAUCUGGUAGUUCCCUAAAGCAAUUGGAUCUUUCCUCAAAGAAUUUUUAUGGGGAAUUGCCCAAUUCAAUCAGCAACCUUAAAUUCUUGAGCCAUUUGGAUCUUUCUAGGGCAAAUUUUUUUGGGGAAUUGCCCAAUUCAAUUGGCAACUUUAAAUCCUUGAGCCAUUUGGAUCUUUUUGAGGAAAAUUUUUAUGGGGAAUUUCCCAAUUCAAUCGGCAACCUUAAAUCCUUGAGUCAUUUGGAUCUUUCUAGGGCAAAUUUUCUUGGAGAAUUACCCAGUUCAAUCGAAAAGCUUGAGUCCUUGAAUGCUUUAUAUCUUCUCAAAACAAAUUUUUUUUGGGAAACUACCUGA